AUGGCAGCAGAACUGCCCUUUCCGUCUGACAACGUCCACUAUUCCAUCUACUCACCUGCGGCUAAACGCGCACUCGUUUUCUCCUCCUCCUUCGCAGGGCUGUUGUCUUCACUAUCCGGCCACAUAUACUUCCCAGCCCUGACCUUGAUCGCCCGUGACCUCAAUGUCAGCGACAGUCUCGUCAACCUUUCCAUCAGCACCUAUAUGAUCCUUGAGGGGCUGACCCCGGCUUUCAGCGCCCAAAUAUCCGAUACCUGCGGCCGUCGGCCGGUCUUCAUCAUGUGCCUGGUCAUCUUCCUCGGUGCAAACAUCGGUCUGGCCAUCCAGAACAGCUACGCGGCUCUUCUUGUUUUGCGCAUGGUUCAGUCCGCGGGCAGUUCCGGGGCGCAGAGCCUCGUCAGCCCCAUUGUCGCUGAUGUCGCGGCGCCGGCCGAGCGCGGCGCGUACGUAGGCUACGCCGCGGGGCUGGCCAUGCUUGCCGCGGCCGUUGGGCCCGUCAUCGGAGGCUUGAUGGUCAGAUACGCCGGCUGGCACUCCAUCUUUUGGCUCCUCGCAGCCUUGGGCGCCGCGACGUUGCUUCCCAUGGCCCUGUUCUUCCCAGAGACAUGCAGGAAGAUCGUUGGGAACGGAAGCGUGCCACCUCAGUGGUGGAAUCAAUCUGGGAUAGACGUCUUGCUCCAAAGACGCAAGAAGGGCGGAGCUGAGAUCAAGCCACCCCCGUUGAAGUUUCCGAACCCCCUGAGGCCGGUGCUUCUGCUCCUCAAACCAGAAUGCGGGUUUCCUCUUCUCUACUCCUCCAUUCUCGCGUGCUCGUACUUUGCCACACUCGCGUUAAUCCCCACACAGUUCAGCCAUGUUUAUUCGUUUAAUGAGCUGCAGGUUUCGCUCUGUUACCUCCCCUACGGUAUUGGGGCCCUUCUAGCCGCGCUGAGCCGGGGCUACUUCAUCGAUGCCAACUUCCGCCGGCACGCGGCGGCGCUGGGAAUUGCUGUGGAUAAUAACAAGACGGACCUUAUAGACUUCCCUAUCGAGCGCGCUCGCAUCGAAGUCGCGGCCCCUACAAUCGGCCUUGGAACGGCCUGCACCGUCAGCUUUGGCUGGAUGCUGCACGCGGGCGCCCAUGUGUCCGGGCCCUUGAUAAUGCUCCUCGCCCUUGGAUUCUGCGCGGGGGCAACCCUGAGUUGCAUCCAAACGUUGAUGCUGGACAUCAAUCCGGGGCGGGCGGGGACGGUGGUGGCGUCCAACAGCCUAUUAAGGUGCGUCCUAGGGGCGGGCGCGACGGCAGGCGUUGUGCCGUUGAUAAACGGCGUCGGCAUUGGGUGGGCCAUGACGGUCUUUGGAGGAUUGAAUGCUUUAUUUAUGCCCUUGUUGUGGUAUAUCAUGAGAAAGGGCCCAGACUGGAGGAAACGGUCAAAGGAAUCUUUGAGAGCAUAA